UGUAUUGUUGAGGAAUUAUUUGUGAGAAAGUUGACGUUGAUAUGAAAUAGCACAAAGUCACGUGACCGAUAGUUAGAUAUCUGAGAUAUUAGGAAAUGGUUGCCGAUGUCGCUUUCGUGGUAAAUCGACCUUGUUGACACACGAAGGGAAGAUGUCUGACGAUCAAGUCGACGGUGCGACAAAAUCGAAGGACACGGAUCCUCUGGUACAAGCGCUCGAGAAACUCGGCUUGGGCUCCAAUUUUCUAUGGAUAAUAUUUAUUUUCACGCUCACGCCGACGAUAUUCAAUGGAAUGCAUUCCAUGUCCUACAUUUUCAUUGCCGAAGUUCCCACUCACUGGUGCUCGGUGCCAAGUCUAAGCGCUGCGAAUUGGACGGACGAGCAAAUAAGAAACAUUUCCUCGGCCAGCCCGUGCACCAUGUACGGUUACAACUAUACGUCUUUCGCGAUAAUUGGAUUCGACAAGGCUUUGGAAUAUAAGAGCAACAACGAAUUUCCAGAGGAAUUAGCAUGCGAAGUAAGAAGCUUUGCGAAUGAUCUCGACAGAACUUCACUCGUUGAAGAUUGGGACUUGGUCUGCGACAAAAGCGCGGCUCGUUCGAGUACUCACAUGGCUCUGUCCCUUGGAAAAUUAUUGGGCAGCGCUUUCUUCGGAAUUUUUGCAGACAGAUACGGGCGUAAAGUCAGUUAUGUAAUUGGUAUAAUAUUGUUGAUCACUUCUGGUCCAGCUGGUGCAGUUGUUCCCUGGUAUUGGGGCUUCAUGAUCUCAAGGUUCUUCAAUGGCGUCAGCCACGCUGCCAUACAAUACUCAGCAUUCACGACACUUACAGAAGUGGCAUGUGAAAAACAUAGACAGUGGAUGGGAAUCGCUUACAAUACUGGCUAUGCCUCAGGAAUUGUCAUUAUUCCGGCUGUAGCUUACUUUAUACACGAAUGGAGAUACGUUCAAUUAGCAAUAUCUCUACCUGCUCUGCUCUUGUUGAUCCACUUGUGGUACAUGCCAGAAUCUCCUCGAUGGUUGAUAGCGCACAAUCGUCGAAAGGAAGCCAAGACUUUGAUCGAGAAAGCUUCCAAGAAAACUUCCAAUGACGAUACAACGACAGAUUUGGCCUUCACGGAUUAUAAAAAUUCGAAUGUGUCAACGACAGCCACCGAGACGACCAAAGAACGAUUGCGAAAAAAUAUUCAAGGUUUUCAAGUGGUAAUCAGCGACAGCGAAUUGCGGAAGAGGCUCCUCAUCACAAAUUUUAACUGGAUGGUGGCCUCGCUCUCUUAUUACGCGCUAGCAUUAAAUCUGACGAACUUCUCGACAAAUCAGUAUAUUUACGUCCUGGUGAUGGGGCUGACCGAAAUACCAGCUUACCUGAUACCAACACCAAUUUUAAUGGUCGUGGGAAGACGUGUUGGAGCAGGAGCAUUGUACAUAAUCGCAGCGUUAUGCUUAUUAUGUAUUUUAGUAAUACCAACGUCAGAAAGUGAUACGAUUCUGACUGUGUCACUGUUCGGAAGAUUUAGUGCGUCCGCUGCUUACGGGAUAGUUAUUUUGUACAGCUCGGAGCUCUUCCCUACGGUGUGCAGGAAUUCCGCGGUUGGAACAAAUUCAGCCAUGUCCCAUGUUGGAAGCGUGGCUGCGCCAUACGUUGCUGAUCUGUUAGGUGCAUUAGUUUGGUGGGGACCAACAACCCUCUGUGGUGUUCUAACUCUAAUGGCUGGACUGUUGUGUUUGACAUUGCCAGAAACUCGUGGCAGGCCAAUGGCAAAUACCGUCGAGGAAGAAGUCGCGAAAGAUAGGGAGAACGUCUCGUUCUUUUACUGUUGUGACAGUAGACACAAUUAAAUGAAAGCGACAUUAAUCACAUGUACAGUAUUGUAAUAAUAUUGACACAAGUAUUGUUCAAACAUAUGACAAUAUUGUACAAAUAGAUGUUUUGUACAUCUGUGUUGUUUUUAUAUUACCUUGUUCAUUCAUGAUAAGGCUCGACGAGACUGUUGAGAAAGUUGUCCCACUGUUUAUACAAAAACAAGAAAUAAAUACUUUUGGAUUUAUAAUGAAAACUUGUGAACAAAUUGU